AGCAGCGAAAAUAGCCAACAGACUGGUAAAACUCAGGGACAACAUCAUAAAGCUGUGAUUUAAAAAAAAAACCACGAUUCAGAUAUGGGCAGGCUUUUCUUUAGCUAUCCCUGCACUGCACUGAGUUGUAAGGACCCUGGUUUAUCUAAUAUGGCGGCGCCCAGCACAAGUUUUAACUGUGAGGACUUCUCGGAGUUUCAGGAAACACUCAGGCUGAUGCGAACCAUCGACGACCGAAUAAUCCAUAAAUUAAACACCUCACUUCCCACCGUUUCAUUUGAAGGGAAGGUUGAUGCUACUGAAACAUGUAAACAACUUUAUGAAUCUUUAAUGGAGGCUCACAGCAGUCGAGACAAAGCCAUUAAAACUUGUAUAGCCCAGACAUCUUGUGUAGUAAGCCAACUGCGAGGGGAGAGGGAGAAGGACACUGACAAUUUAACACUAAUAAAGCAACUCAGAAAAGAGCAAACCAAGGUAAAGCUUCUGCAGUCAGAACUGAAUGUUGAAGAGGUGGUUAAUGAUAGAAGUAUAAAGGUGUUUAACGAGCGCUGUCGGGUUCACUAUAAACCCCCAAAGAGCCAGUGACUGAAGGGUUAAAGAGGCUGCAGCCAGUUGUAUCAGUGAAUGAAAUAAUGUGGAAUCAAGUCAUUGUGCAGUGGACCAUGGUCAUCUAAGAGACAGUAUUCAUCUCCUCAAUAGAAAUUAUUUUACCACCUAAUAGUGGGUUAUCAAGAAGUCAGAUUCAGAUGUUAAAUGUUUUAUAACAAUGAAAUAAGUUUUGAACAGCAACUUUGUUAUUACAUUCUGUGUCCAUAUGAAAGUGACAGAUGGUUUUCAAUGAGGAAAUGUACCUUUGGGCAUCUUUUUAAUAAAAUAGAUCAACAGUCA